GAGCCUGGCCUCUCUCGCUGCAAGGUUCGUUCUCGGCCCUACGCUCCCCGCUCGGCCAUGGAGCCGGCCCCCGAUGCCGCGGAGGCGCACGCGGUGCGCGACGCGCUGGGCCGCUACGAGGCGGCCCUGGAGGGCGCGGUGCGCGCGCUGCACGAGGACAUGCAGGGGCUGCAGCGCGGCGUGGAGCGGCGCGUGGCCGAUGCGCUGCGCCUGGCCGGCCCGCUGGCGCGCACCGUGGCGGAGCUGCAGCGCGACAACCAGCGGCUGCAGGCGCAGCUCGAGCGCUUGACGCGCCAGGUGGAGGCACUGGGUUUGGCGACCGGGCUGUCCCCCGCGCCCUGCACACCAGGCACGCCCAGCCCUCCGCCGGCGCCAGGCGUCCCGGACCACGCGCCCCGCCUGGGCUCCGCGCGCUUCGCCAGCCACGCCACCUUCUCGAUUUCGGGCCGUGGCCAGAGUGUGGAUCAUCAUGAUGAAGCCAGCGAGUCGGAGAUGAGAAGGUCCUCCAACCUGUGCGUCAUCGAGAACGGGCACCAGCCAGGGGCAGGUCCAGGUGAUGGACCCCCUGAGGCCACCCAGACCUUCCGGGCACCAGAGCCCCCCAAGCCUCGCCCCAUGAGCCUCUCCUUGGGGCUGCCUCACCAGCCAGUCACGGCCGUCAUGCGGGUCUCCGAGAGGUUCUCUGGAGAGACUUCAGCCACAGCUCUCUCGCCCACGUCUGCUGCCAUCCUGGGGGGCCUCAGCUCAAGCCCCAGUGAGGCCACCACACCCUGGACUCUAAGUCCCAGUGAGAAGAAUUCUUCUCUCCCACGGCCCUUGUUGGGCUCUGGCUAUGGGGCAGUGACAGCAGGCAGGAGCAAUGACAGCCCCCCUCUGGUGACGCCGCCCCAGUCGCCCCCAUCCCCGCAGCCGCCAGCCACCACUCAGGCCCAUCGCCGGGAGCUGGUGAGGUCGCAGACGCUGCCCCGGACCUCCAGCGCGCAGGCCCGGAAGGCUUUGUUUGAGAAGUGGGAGCAGGAUACAGUGGGCAAGGGCAAAGGCGAGGCCCGGGCCAAGCUGAAGCGGUCCCAGAGCUUCGGGGUGGCCAGCGCCAGUAGCAUCAAGCAGAUCCUGCUCGAGUGGUGUCGCAACAAGACUCUGGGCUACCAGCACGUGGACCUGCAGAACUUCUCCUCCAGCUGGAGUGACGGGAUGGCCUUCUGCGCCCUGGUGCAUUCUUUCUUCCCCGACGCCUUCGACUACAGCGCCCUGAGCCCCACGCAGCGGCAGAAGAACUUCGAGCUGGCCUUCACCAUGGCCGAGAACCUGGCCAACUGCGAGCGCCUGAUCGAGGUGGAGGACAUGAUGGUGAUGGGCCGCAAGCCGGACCCCAUGUGUGUCUUCACUUACGUCCAGUCGCUGUACAACCACCUGCGUCGCUUUGAAUGAAGCCCCGUGGGCCUGGAGCGCCGCAUCGCAACCCCAGGAGGAGCCCGCGGGGCGCUUAUGCCCCCCGGAGCCGGGGCGGCGAGAAGCCGCGUCCUGGUGUGUGACCGCGCCCGUCCGCCCGCCCAGCUGUGUUACUGAUUAAAGCGCCCUGAGCCUGCUCCGACUGCGUUGAUCACAGCCAGGGGCUUGAAGGAAAAGGGAAAAUUACCAGAGAGAGAGAAAUUGGUGCUAAUUAUCUUCCUUAAAAAAAAAAAAAAUGCUUGUCCGUAGAUCCCCGAAUGCUAAAUCACACGUUUCCCUCUGGUGAGUCUGAUCCAUUGGUUUCACAGGGUUACAUUGAUUACCAAGUAUUUUUUUUUUUUAUCAAAACACCCAGAGUUUUUUACUUCCUCACACUAUUGUAGUUUCCUUUCCUCCCUCCCUCCCUCUGGGCCACGGCCAGGAAACAGAGAGGCCGCCUAAUCAGCAGCCUGACAAAGAAGACCGAAGUCUUGGGAAGAAAGAGUUUAAUCACUCCCAGGUCCUGGGCUACAGAUGACCUUCAAGUCACCUCGGCUCUCUGGGGAGAUGGGAAGGCCCUUGCCCGGUCCCAGAGGCUCUUGUCCUUCCCUGGAGGCCCCACAAGUGUUUGGCUAAGAAUAGGCUGUCCUGCAGUUAACACUUUGGGGAUGGACAGGCCCUUGGUGUAGAGAGGUAGUUUUUAUUCACAGCUUUUUUUUUUUAGAGGAUUUGCUGCAGAUAUUUAUAAAAAAUAACUCCAUCUGUACCACUGACCGUUUGUACAUAAAAGAUGUGUCGAACUUC